UGUCCUGCGCUCGGAGCCCGGCUCACGCACACACACGGACACACACACACACAUACACACACGGAGCUCCGCGCUAGCUCCUCCGGCUAAUUCUGCUAGCAUCGUAGCAUAGGGGAAAGUCAUCGUUAGCUUUGAGCUAAUGGUUACCCUGCGUUAGAGCUAAACUCGGAGUAACAAGCCCUGUCGGUGCUGCUCGGGCCUGCCGCUGCUCGGUAACAGCUGCUCGGUGUUUUCAGCGUUACUGCUGUUAAAGGAAAUUAUCGUGCAGGGAGGCAGCUGCUAAGCUAGCUCGCUAACUCGGUAUCAGCCAGGGUCCAUUGCUGUGUGUUUGGCUAACUCACCAGAAAAAACCCUGAAAGCUGGAGCUCAGGCUCAGCCCGGCAGCAGCACCGAUGACCUUUCAGCGCUGACACGGUGAAUGUGUUCGUUAGUGGGUGAGGAGCUGCUAACUGCUAACGUGUGUGUGCAGAUGCAGGUCCCCUGCACUGCCCCGUCUGGAUCUGAGUCGGAGAAGAGGCGAACAUGGCAGCCAAAGCAGGAGACAACCCCGACAGCCUCAUGACUCUGGCGACCGUCUUCUGCCUGAGGAACCUGAGGAAGACCAUGUGCUACCAGGGCUUCAGGAACAAGCUGUGCCUGCGCUCGGACAUCUUCCUCCCCAGUGAGAUCUGUGACAAGCUGGUGAACACAUACAUGGAGCUGGUCCACACAGACAGCAACUUUGAACCAGAGGAGAGCUUCUUCCAGCUCUUCUCAGACCCCCGAAGCACCAGACUGACCCGGGUGCAGCUCAGAGAGGACUUUGUACAGGACAGAGAUCUGGAGGCCAUCAAAAAACAGGACCUGAUCGAGCUCCACCUCACCUACUGCAACAGCCUGUCGUCCCGCAGCCUGAAGGCGCUGUCCUGCUUCCGCGACACCUUGGUGUCUCUCUGCCUCUUCGGCUGCAGCAACAUCUUCUACAAGAAGUGCGGCGCCCCGCUCGCCUGCAACGAGGACACGGACGAUGACGAGGAGGAGAGCCCCGCCUCUCGGCAAGCUUUAGAGACUGACUUUAACUUCCAGGGCUUCAACCGGCUCCGGCUGCUCAACCUGGGCGGCCUGCCGAAGGAGCUGGACCCCGAGACGCUGCUCAAACCCCUGAAGUCACUCACCUCGCUAGAUCUGUCCAGUGUACAGUUACUGGGGACAUCUUUCCUCACCCAGUGGAGGGACAGGCUGGCCUCUCUUGUUCUCUACAAUGUGGACCUAUCCGAGGAGCUGAUCAGCACAGUUUUGGAGCUCGUUAAUCUCAGGCAUCUCGACAUCUCACAGGAGAGCAGGCGGAUCUCAAAAUUUAAGAUGACCAAGAAAAUCCUGACGGCCAUCGUCCAGCGUCUGGUGCACCUGGCGUCUCUGGACAUCUCAGGUCACAUCAUGCUGGACAACUGUACGGUUCCACACUUUGAAGAAGCGAUGGGGCGUCCGAGCAUCGAACCGUGCAAGAGCAGCAUCUACCCCUUCCAGGAGCUGAAGAGGCCCCUGCAGUUUCUGGGCUUGUACGACACCACCCUCUGUAAUGUGACACACAUCCCUGCCUAUAAGGUGGCUGGAUCAAAGAAUGAAGACCAGGUCCUGAACGCUAUCGAGGCUUACACCGAGUUACGUCCCGAGCUGGCCCACAGAGCCAUCAAUCAGCUGUUCGACAUCGCCCGGAUACAACAUUGCAGCCAGCUGCUGCGCGCUCUGCAGCUCGUCAUAGCAGCACUGAAGUGCCAUAAAUACGAUAAGAGCAUCCAGGUGACGGGCAGCGCCGCUCUUUUCUACCUGACCAACAUGGAUUACCGCAGCAAUCAGAGCGUGCGGUUACGGCGGGAGGUCAUUCAGGUGGUGCUGAAUGGGAUGGAGCACUACCAGGAGGUCACUGUCCAAAGGAACUGCUGCUUGACUCUGUGCAACUUCAGCAUCCCCGAGGAGCUCGAGUUCCAGUACAGCCGGGUCAACCAGCUGCUGCUGAAGAUCCUGGAGCCGGCCCGGCAGGACGAGUCCAUCCAGAGGAUCGCCGUGCACCUCUGCAAUGCUUUGGUCUGCCAGGUGGACAACCAUCAUAAGGAGGCCGUGGGGAAGAUGGGAUUCGUCAGGACGAUGCUGAAUCUAAUUCAGAAGAAACUGCAGGACAGAAUGUGUGACCAGGUGAUGGAGUUCUCCUGGAGCGCUCUGUGGAACAUCACAGACGAGACGCCCGACAACUGCCAGAUGUUUCUCAACUGUCGGGGCAUGAGCCUCUUCCUGGAGUGCCUCCAGGAGUUUCCGGACAAACAGGAGCUGCACCGUAACAUGUUGGGCCUUCUGGGAAACGUGGCCGAGGUCAAAGCUCUGAGACCUCAGCUGCUCACGCCACAGUUCAUCAGCGUGUUCAGUAACCUUCUGGACAGUAAGGCCGACGGGAUCGAGGUGUCGUACAACGCGUGCGGCGUGCUCUCGCACAUCAUGUUCGACGGCCCUGAGGUUUGGAAGAUGGAGGAGCCGCGUAGAGACUUGGUGAUGGAGAAGAUGUGGGAGGCCAUCCAGAGCUGGGACGUCAGCUCGCGGCGCAACAUCAACUACAGGUCGUUCGAGCCCAUCCUGCGGCUGCUGCCUCAGAGCAUCUCCCCCGUCAGCCAGCACUGGGCCACGUGGGCGCUUUACAACCUGGUGUCGGUUUAUCCGAGCAAGUACUGCCCUCUGCUGAUAAAGGAAGGAGGAAUGAAUCUUCUGGAGAAAGUUCUGGAGCUGGAGAGCUCGCAUCCGGAGACCAAGGACAUGGCCCGCAAAGUAAUGGAGCACUGUGAAAACUUCAAAGAAGACCCGAUGGAGACGAAUGCCGGACAGGAGGCGAACGUGGGACAGAGAGGCUGACGCCGCGGGAGCCGUUAUUCCCAGUAAACACGGAGAAAACCAACCCGAAGCCCCUCCCGCCGUCAUCACCACAAGGGUCAAUGUGUGCAUUCUUCUUCUCAUCCUCCUUCUUUUCUAGAGUUAGGCCGUGUCUCUGACCCUCCUCACAGCAGUUUGUGUUCGACACACAGGAGUGCUGCAUGGUGUUUUGUUGUGGGGGUGCUUCCCUCUGCUGCACAUCUUCUGUUGGGACGGGUUUGGGGGGUCGUGACUGUUAUUUCUCAGUGUGUGCGUGUGAGUGUGCGUUUGCGUGUCAGGUUUAAAACAGCAGAACAAAACAGCCGGAGUGAUGCUCGGUUCUCAGCGGACGGCGACGUGAGCCGUCCUCAGCUCGCUGCUGGUAACCCAAAAAAAAAGGCCGCUCGGCGAGUCCUCGGCCUCUGCUCACGCUCGCUCGUGCCAGCGGAGGCGCCGUGGAGCCGUGGGACACAUGUACAGUGAAUAUCUGCCAUUGAGUGUGCAGGCUGCAGACCUCUGCGAUGGACUUCUUUGUUUAUAUGUAAAUAUUCUCUGUGGGUCUCAUCCUUUUACUGUGUGUAUGUUUUAUAAUAUAACUAAACACUCAUGACUUCACGCUGUAUUUAAAUCUCUAGGUCUGGCUGACUGUGCGGUCAGUGCUGAGAAACUAGACACAGGAUGAUUCAUAGCAGUCCUGGAAACUCUUUAAAGGAUCGUUCACAUGUAGCUCAGCCUCGCUUCUCUUCUUAAAGGUGCUCGAACUGCAAAUGGAGAGUUUGAAGAGUUUAAAACCUUCUAAAAUGAGCCAGAAUUAUGAGCAGGAUGUAAAGAAGCAGCGGCUCUGACGUGAUGUCCUGCAGAGACAUCAACUGAAGCUAAAACGGGGACGGGCUGCACUCCAGUUUGAGCCAAAAGGUGCAGUCGGUCAGUAGCAUCCAGUUUUCCUACAUUAUAAAGCCUCCAGUCUUUCUAAUGACCAGCAGGGGGCAGCUUCUCGGGUUGGGGUGAAAACCUGGUUGUAGAGAAAUUGAACUUGGGUUCAUAUCACUGCAGCUCAGUACACAACAUCAUAGUUAUUUCUUCACAUUCUGCUGGUAUCUCCCAUUUUUUAGGUUUUAAACUCUUCAGAGUUUUUAAAUUUUUUUUUUUUGGGGGGGGGGUACCUUUAAACGAUCUGGUAUCUUACUGGAAGCAGCGGUGAGCUUUAAACGAGACGGAGGCUCAGUUCGUCAAAGCAAAUACACAUUAUGGGCUAAAGCAUGUGGACAUUAAGGUCUCCGGACCUGCAGUGAGCUUCAUAUCAUCUCUUUGCUCUGCAGCAGGAGACGGAGAACUUUGCUUUAUUGGAAGCCCCAAAGGAAGGGUAUUCAGACCCCACUGCAGCUCCCUCCCUCGCUGUGGGAGUGUUUUGGUCCUAAACUGAGACGGGGGCUUAAAGGAUGACUCUAAACAGUCACUGAUCACAGACGGUAACAAAUGUUCUGGUCGCACUAUGAACAGAACAAAUGGCGGCGAGCUUACCCUGCAUGGGAACCUGAUGGCUUGGCUGAACUGUAAAUCAAGAGAUGGACACAGCCUCUGGUCAAACGUGGUUUUUCUAUUGGCCAGCAGGGGGCGACUCGUGUGACACCAGAUUAUUGAACUCUGUGAGGGGAAUAAAACCUGCUUUCCACUCGAUCUCUAGCCUCAGUAAACCCUUUGAGGUCUUCCUGAUCACAUGUUCAUUUAGGUCUUAUUUAGAGUAAAGUAGACCGUAAAGAAGGGUCUGCUUUCAGGUGAGUCUACCUUUCUGACUGAUUUGCUGCCAUGUUUGAGUCAGAUCCACCAUGAGGCUCCAGAAACGGGGCUUUGCAAACCCCUGGGUUUCUACAUGAGGACAGUGCCCCACCCAACACAGCAAAAAGGGUGGAGGCACCACUUUGUGGUAGUUUCCAGGCUUUACAGAGCUGAGUUCUCAGGGGGCACACCACUAAAUUAGCAAAAUGAAACGGCAGUAAUCCAGACAGGUGCUGGUUACAGUCAGUAUGUUUGUCCAGUCCCUCAGCUCCCUCUGCAGGUACCAAAGUGAGCCCAGACACCUGACCAGGUGCACAAUAAUGCUGAACACCUGGAAACAGCCUGCUGAGUUCCUCCUACAGGUAGACUCCCAUGUCCACAUACUUAAUCUUUACCACAGCUUUGAUGCCGUGUACUGUUAUGCUGUGGUGCUAAAGGUCUCGAGAGAACCCAGCCCCCCACCACCCCCACCGGUGCUUCCAGCAGUCCAGAUGAUACCAAAAGAGACGAGGCUGGAAGAUCAACACUUAUCCUUUAAGGACACCUGACAGCUCGUUGUGUUCAUUGGUCGGUCAUCUUGCUGCUAAAAUCACUGCUUCACUUAAAUCAAACUUUUAUUUUGAAAAGCUUAUGGGAGGAAAAUAAAAUGGUGCGUUCACAUGUAUGUUCGACACUGGGGUGAUGGGAUCUAAAAAUCACAUCUGGCUGCUCCAAAUUUAGGUGUAUGUUUCACCCCACCUCUGCUGAUCGUUAAGGUUAAACUAAAAACUCUCCGUCACGUCAAUAAUCAGCCGAACUCUGAAGGUCCCUGAAGGUGCCCCGUGGGGUUCUCUGAGGGUUCUCGAGGCCUGAAAAACUCGCUGUCCCGUGCUAAGUGAAUAACUAAAGAACGUCCCAUAAGAACCAGGAAGCAGGAGUUCGUCCUGUUUAAAGUAUAAGCUCUACAGCGCCUCUACUGGUGGAAAAACUCCACAGGGUACCUUUAAGAUGUCUUUAAACCUGAAGUUCCUUCACUGGCAUUUUUCAUCUCGUGGCUUUAAAGGUGACUUAAGGAAGUUCUUGUAUAAAUAUGUUCUCAAGUUAUUAAGAGAAUAAACGGCGUCUGAAUGAGAAAAGCUGCUUUUAGAUCAGAAACUUCCAAAAAGGAAAUUUUACUGUUUUUAUGGACUUAAAUUCCAAACUGCAGUUUAACUUUAGUUCAUUUGACAUUAAUCACAGUUGGGAGUACCAAACCUGAAAGGCAGCCGAAUCAGAAACCCUGCAACAGCCACCAACAUCUGGCAGCAUCUGGCUGUUUGUGUUCAGUGUGAACGGUGCAGUCGGCAUUCGUUUAGAGCGUUUUUCCCAGUUUUCCCAAUGAAUUUCCUGCUCGAUCGGAGCUCUUUGCCCAGCACGACGAGGUUAAAGAAUGCUUCGAUGUCUGCUGUGACCUCGGUGCCACGCCUUCCCCUCGCUGUGUCUGCAGAUGAAGUUUUUGAUUAAAGUCAGAGGAUGUUGGUUUUUAUGCUUCUCUGCAGGCUCCAGCUUUGCUCACUUUCAGUCUGUAAAUCCAGUUUUUGUCCCUGCCUCAGUUUAAUGUUUUACUUUGAUUUUAAUAACCUGAACGUGGGCACUUAAACCUCAGUUUGAUUUAUUUAUUUUCAGAAAUUAAAAACUUUAAUCUGAGAGAAUUUCAAAGGCUUUCAUGGCAAAACUAUAACUUUAUGAUCUGAAAGAAUAUUAAUGUUUGUCACUGAGAUUUAUGAAGGUUUUAUUGCAAGUUUAUGAUUUUAUCACCUCAAAGAAUAUUUUGGUGUUUUCUUAUAAAUUUACUUUAAUCACCAAAGAAUAUCAAAGUUUUUUUCCUCAUAAAUUUACAAAUUAAACUUUAGAGAAGUUUAUGACCUAACGUCAGCUUACAACUUUAAUCUCAGAAUUUUUUUAUUGUACCAAAGAAUCAUUUUUUCAUCAGUUUUUUUUUAAUAAUCUUUAAGUUUUUCUUGCGAAAACUCAGCAAAUGUAGAAACAAUAUUAGUUUGUUAUAAAUUUACAACAUUAAUCUCAGAUUAUUCCUUUUUAGGAGCUUCGUCACCAUUAAAAUGAUUUAGUUUUUUUUUUCUUUCCUGUAAAUUUUCAGCUUUAAUUUCGGAUCUUUUUCUUUGACUUUGAAUAUUGCAGUUUGUUUUCCUCAUAAUUCUUUGAAGUGUUUGUUUUUAAAGCUGAAAUCUGAGUUGAUAAUAUAACAGAUUACCAAAGCUCUCAGAAUUUUACCGUUAGCUCCCGUAAAGCUGCCGCUCUAAGCUCAGACAUCAGGAGCUGUUCCUGUUCUGCACCUGACCUCUGACCUUUCCCCCUCAGCGCUCCUAUCAGGGAUUUGUUCAGUGCCGCUUUAAUAAUGUCCUGGGGGGGGCGGGGGGGUGCUGGCUGCGCCUCCUGUGGUGAAGCAGCGCCGAUGCUGUUAGCAGGAUUUAGGAUUUGGAGUUUGACGCUCCCGGUGCUCCCGGUGCUCCCGGUGCUCCCGGUGCUCCCGGUGCUGGGAGUCCCUCUCAGAUGACGCCAGUGAAGGAACGGGCAUCAGCGCUCCCGUUUCCCGUGACACCACACGGCCCCCGCGCUCACGAGCCCUGCCGGCUGAUGCGCGCUCCCUGGUUCUCGUGUACAGUUUUUCUGAUUGGUGCCCGUGUUUUCACCGGCGCGGCGGCGCUGUGAGAUGGUUCAGGUGCGGAGGUUUGAAGACGAGGCGCACCUGUUCUCCUCAUUUAAGUCUUUGAAUGUCUCAAGUCAGAAGAGCUUGUGUGUAGGCCUGAUAAGAGAACAUUAUUCUUGGAGUUUGACUGUUCUUUAUAUUUAUGAAGAUGUAUGUACUGAUAAUAAUGAAAGGAGAACUGCUGUGUCAGAUUUCACUAAUUUCCUGUUCCUCCGCGCUCGGUUCUCAGUUUCUUUUGUAACUGCUGAUUAAGUUUUAUCCAAACUGGAGUGAAGAACUUUGGAUCCCGACAGUUUUCCUGAUCUCGGUAGCUCCAGGACAUUGGUGUAAAAAUAUGAAUAAGCAAUAAAGAUGGAGUGGUUUAAAAACCUGA